AAAAUUUAAAGCUCAAGGAGGAACUUGAUGCUCAAAAACAAAAACUAGUCAAUCAAAGUACAAUAAUUAAUGAAUUGAAUCGUAAAGUCACAACAAUUAGUCAAGAAGAAGAAAAAGUUGAAAUGGACUUGAAGCAAAUCAGUAAAGAAAUUGAUAAUCUGAUUAAAGAGAAUGAAACUUUGGAUAAUAACUGUUAUCAAGAAGAUCAAAAUAAUUCAAUUAAUCUAACAAAACUACAAGAAAAUUUGAAAGAUUCUAAAAAUAAAUUAUCUUCUAUGAAAAAUAAAGAAAGUCAGGCUACUAAUGUUUUACAAAAAAAGAUUGCUGAACUUAUGAAUGCUAUAAAGAAGAAUGAAGGGAUAGAGGAAAAAUUAGAAAAAGUAGAAGCAGAAAAGCACGAUGAGGAAGAUAAAAUAGAGAAGCUUUCUCAAAAUUUUAUGAAUACCAAAAAAGAAUUUGAUGAAAAAUUGAAAAUUACUGAGACAAACAUAAGUAAUGUAAAAAAUAAAAUAAGUGAUGUAGAGAAAAUAAUUAGUGCAUCAGAAGACAAGUUCAAAAUGUUAGAGAAAGAAAUUGAGGAAUUGAAUGAAAAAUUAAAAGCAAAAAAAGAUGCUGAAGAACGUUUGGCUGCAACAGCUCAAGAGUUCAAGCAACAAGCGUUACCUAAUAUUUUUCCAUCUAGGACUGAAAAUGAGCAAGAUAAACAAAAAAGUAGAAAAAAAUUAUACACUCCAACGUUAGGAGACGACGAUUUGGACAUUGACUCAUUACCAAUAGAAGAACAGUUAACACAGUUGACGCAAUCAUCUACAUCUUCAUCUCCAGACAAAAGCCGAAAAUUCUUCAAAAGCAGUUCCUUGUCCCAAUCGUCCCAAAAGUCUGUGACAAGUAAACCAGAAGCUACACCUAGAGGUAGGGGAAGAGGCAAAAAAAAUAAUUGAAGCUCCACCAAUGUUCACACUAAUUUGUAACUUCAGUAUGCAGUAUGCAUACAUUACGAGAGAAGCUUUUGUUCCAAACCGAUUCGGUGAGAUUUCAAUAUAAAAAAAAA